CACUAUAGAGCAGACACACAUUAGUGGAAAUAUUAUUAGUGUUAAUUGCUAGAGUAGCAGGGCAGGCAGGCAAGGGAGGGGUCUGGUUGGUGAAUCUAUUAACCACCAAGAAUAGCAGCAAAGCAAUGGCUAUGGCAUCAUCAAGGUUAUGGGCUUCCAAAGCUGCUUCAUACCUCAGGAUCUCCACUUUCAACAGACCUUUUGCAACUCUUGUGAAGGAUCUAAAGUAUGCUGACUCACAUGAAUGGGCAAAAAUCGAAGGUAACUCAGCAACCAUCGGGAUUACAGACCAUGCCCAGGAUCACUUGGGUGAUGUGGUGUAUGUUGAGUUACCAGAAGUUGGGACAGAAGUAACCCAAGGCAACGGUUUUGGUGCAGUUGAAAGCGUUAAGGCUACCAGUGAUAUUAACUCCCCUGUUUCUGGCAAAGUGGUCCAAGUCAAUGAAGAACUCAACACCUCACCAGGCUUGGUAAAUGGAAGCCCGUAUGAGAAUGGAUGGAUUAUAAAGGUGGAGAUGAGCAAUGUGGAUGAAGUCAAAUCUCUAAUGGACAGUGAACAGUAUUCUAAGUUCUGUGAAGAAGAAGAUGACCACUGAGUUAACCGUGAUGUCACUUGGAAGAGGUUUCAUUUGCUUGUAAGUGUGCUUGAUGGCGUCUCUUUUUUUCGGCUUUGGCUGUUGAUGUUUGAAUCAUGUAGACAGUGAAAAACAAUAAUCCAUGGCUUGGUUUCAAGAUUGUUAUUUGGGGGUUUCUUUGAAAUACUUUUUAUAUGCAAUUUAAUCAAGAUUUUAGGGACCUUAGUUUCA